CGUUAUUGCUGAAUAAUGCUGACUCUAGAAUCACCACGUAUCUGUAAACACAAGAAUCUUCCUCUGACGCAUCACGCCAGUCGGAGCUUCGGCUUGAGAGGGAGAGGGUCAACAGCGUCUUCGUCUUCCAUUUUUUGUUUUUUGACGAACGUGAGAAAAGAGAAAGCGAGGAUGAGGAUUCUGGCGGCGGCGCUGACGACGGCGUGGCUGGCGGCUCUGGCGGCGGCGGCGGCGGCGGGGGCGGAGGAGGAGUCAUGUACGAUCCCCGAGGCCAGGGCGCGGGGACCAUGCGGCGAGGCUGAGGCCAGGAAGAGGGUGCAGCUGCAACAGGGGCUGAUCGAAGGCGCCAGGUCGGAGGCUGAGGACGGAAGCUUCUUCUACAGCUUCAAGAACAUUCCUUUCGCGAAGCCCCCCGUCGGGGAUCUCAGGUUCAAGGAGCCCCAGCCGGCCGAAGCAUGGACGGGCGUAAGGAACGGGUCGCUGCCCGUGCCCAAGUGCACACAGAUCAGCCUUUCCAUGUUCCAAGGAGGGGAAGUACAGAUCGAGGGACAAGAAGACUGCCUCCAUCUCUCCGUCUUCACUCCUCGGCCCUACGCGUCCGACCUUCCCGUGAUGGUGUGGAUUCACGGCGGCGGCUUCUUCCUCGGAGGAGCGGAGGAAUACCGUCCGUCUCCGCUCAUGACGAGGGGCGUGGUAGUCGUCCUGAUUCAGUACCGGCUGGGGACGCUGGGAUUCUUAUCCACCGAGGACUCUGAGCUCCCUGGUAACCUAGGGUUGCAGGAUCAGACGCUGGCCCUCCGCUGGGUCAAGGACAACAUCCGUGACCUCGGCGGCGACCCCGACAAGGUCACCAUCUUCGGGGAGUCAGCGGGGGGCGCGUCGGUGCACUUCCACGUUCUCUCCCCCAUGUCUGAAGGCCUGUUCAACCGAGCCAUCAUGCAGUCCGGGACGAUGCUGUGUCCGUGGGCGAUGCGCGAGGGACACCGGGGCGUGGCUGCGCGGCUCGGCGAGAUCUUCGACUGCCCCGGCGAGUCCGCGGAGCCCGCCCUCGACAGCGCGGCGCUUCUCACCUGCCUCAGGGGCGUCCCUGCCGAAGCCCUCAUCGACGUGCAGAGGGAAUUUAAUAUCUGGGGCUUCUCGCCGCAAGUGAUGCUGCCGCGCGUGGACGGCGUGUUCCUUCCGGACCAUCCUGCCACCUUGUUAAGGGAAGGCCGUUAUAACAAGGUCGACAUCAUAUCAGGCAUCACGUCCCACGAAGGCACCAUCUUCACCACACCGCUCCUCAGCAGCCCAGACUUGUCAGAACUCGUGCUGAAGAACUUUAGUGUCGCCGGGCCGCUGGGGAUGAUCGUCGAGCAGGAGGAUGACCCCGAGUACCUGGCGAGGCGAGCCUACCAUCACUACCUCGGGUCUCCUCUGCAGCUGACGAUGGAGAAAGCUGAGGAAUUCAUACAGCUCAUGACAGACCGCAUGUUCGCCAUGUGCCACCUGGACGCCUUGAAGCACCACCAGCGAGACGAGGCCUUUGGGAAUCACGUGUUCUUCUACGAGCUGCAACAUCGCGGAGAAUUCUCCUUCGUGGAAAUGUUCUCAGGGCCUUCGGAAAUAGGCAAAGGGUGGAUAGGCCACGGAGAUGAUCUACAGUAUUUUUUCGACCCUGAUAUCGGAGAAUUUCACACUCGCCCGAGAGGAAGACCUGCUGGUGAAGCGGAUCAUGCUGGAUCUCUGGACCGCCUUCGCCGCCACAGGGCACCCGACGCCAGACCUCACGCUGGGCUUCCGCUGGGAACCGACCACGAGGGACAGAGACGCCUAUUUGUCCCUCACUCCAGUGCCGGAUAUGAAAGCCUUCAACAACCAUGAUACCCAGCGGUUUUGGAGGAACAUGCCCACCAAGGCGAACAAGCUGAUGUACCCACAACAAUUCUCCAGGUGCCUUGGCUAGAGGACAAGGAGCAUUACCACUAGUAUGAAUAUGUUGCUGUGCCCACUAGUACCAUACAUAUUUCAAUAGUACUAUAUAUUGCCACCUGGAUGUGUAUAUAAACGUGCACAUUAUUGUGCCUACUAGUACUAAGUAUUGGCACUAGUAUGUAUAUGUUGCUUACCCACGACAGGUGCUGUGGCUAGAAAAGCAUUCACUUCAUUGCAAAUCACCUGAUGUUGCCACUAUUUCUGAGUAAUUCACGUAUAUCUCCUGCAAAUGACAAGGUACCAUUUAUUUGUAAAUUUAAAAGACGAGGACCUUUUGUUGCAAAUUAAUAUUUUGUUAAGCAUAUGGUCUCGGAACUUUGCAGUCAAUGGUAAAUAAAAAAAAUUAAAAAAUA